AAAGAGAAGCGAGCAGGUGCAGCAAAAGUGGAAGUGGCCCAGUCCCAGUACCCCGACAGCCACCCGAUUAACGGACGUGCGCCAGUAUUUGACUGCGUUCGCGCAACCUUAACUGCCGGCUUUGCGAGUUCGUUACGUAUUACGUGUACUCUUCCACCGGGAAUCGGGAUCGAUAGCUCAGUUGACAGUCGCCCAGAAGAUACGCAAAACGCGAAUAUCCCGUGCAUUUCGCCGAAUACUAAUCGUUCGAUUCGCACUUGCCAGCUAUGGUUAACGGUUCAAACUAGCGAGCACUUAGCGAAUCCGAUCCUUCAACAGCGUCGCGCGAACCGUGUGUUCACUCAAUGCUGAAAUUUCGACUCGUCUCCACGCAUUUUUUGAAACAGCCAUAGAUUGCGAUGUGUCGUGAUAGAGAUAUGAACCCUUCUGUGUUCGGCUUCAUAACCAUCUAAUUAACAAAAAAAAGUCGUAGCUUGUAUCAUAUUCAUUAUAUUUCGUAAUUGCUUAGGAGCACUUCGCGUAGGCGGCGUCUAUAAGCUCAUCGCCACUACCUUCAAUCGCGCUGUCAGACCCUUCACAAGAGGUUACCGGUAAUUUCCUACGCCUCUAGAUACCAGUUUCCCGAUGUAACCGAUACCUUAGACAUCGCAUAACAGCGCUCGUAAAUGGUAAGAAUAGCUGAAGCGCUUUCCGUCGGAAAAACAAAAAACAAAUCGUGCUAAUCGCAUUCAUCGGAAACGAACCCAGUUACGUUCGAGCGAGUCGUCAAUCGCUGUCCGGCGCAAAGAAUGAAAGGACCGAAUCGCAAGGAGGAAACGGCGACGAGACUGCACGAAACGAGGGCGGGCAAGCAGAAGAGAUCGACGGGACCAGCGCCGACGACCUACGAUGAGGCGAAGGCGAAUUGCAAGGCGCGGAAGCGCAAGGAGCGCCAGGAGAGCAUCAGCUCGCUCUGCCAGGAGAGGAAGGUGAUCCGGUCGAAUUCGGAGGAGCGGCCGGCGCAGAGGAAGCACGUCGAGCGGCACACCGGCAUCCGGAGGGUCUCCAGCAGCGAGGACAUCCAGACGAACCGGUCGAAUUCGUCGGAGAGGUUCUUCGGAUCGUCGAACAAGAAGGGCGAUAAGUUGCUGGCUUAUGAGGAUUGCGAACAUGAGAAAAGAAGGUCUAAUGAAAGAUUCGCGAGGCCUCUAACGUUGAAGGGAAAGAGGCACCCGACGAAACGGUUAAAGGUGAAGAGCGUAUCGCGGAUAAAACACAAGUCUGAGACCUCAAACGAAACGAAAGACUCGACCAGAAAAUCGAACAUAGCUCAAACCGUACACGACAAUGAAGACUCCAAAACAGGGUUCCUCCAACUGCACAUCGACGAAAGAGACAGACCGUCGAGCCCCACGCAGGAGCUCGUCUCGCCCGUCGUCGACUGGUCGACGUUACACGAACAAGUAGAUUGCUCCGAACCGCUCCUAUCUCAGACCUCCAGGCACCGCAACGAAACCGCCGAAUCCAUACCAAUCGUCGCCUCCAACAGGCUGUUGUCUUCCCCGCGGAACUCCAUCAUAGCCACUCACCGGAUCUACCUGGACCCCGACGUUCCGAAGGUCACCAGCAACUUGGAGCAGAAGCCGCAGAAUCCCCUCGACGCCAGAUUGUACAAGAUCGCCAAGCAGAUCAACAGCGUCAAGAAGAAAGUGAAGAAAUUCGAAGCGGAAUUCGAGGCCCGGCACGGCUACCGCCCGUCGCACGCCGAGAAACUGAGCGACAGAGACGUGAAGAAACUCUACGCCGAUCUCAGCGCGCUCAAAAGAGACCAGAAACAAAUCGCUGAUCUAGCAAACGGUAGUUGUUUAACCAGUACAGAAGAGAACGUAGGUCGAAUUAACGUAGUUAGUCUGCAGGUGACUAUAACUGAAAUCGAAAAGAAAUUAACCGCUAAACGUGAAGCUGCCAAUAGAACGAUGAGCAUAGACGACAUGUCCUCCGAGCAGCUGAUGGAUGAAAAAGUCGCCGUCCAGAAGGCGCUGCUCUUCCUCGAGUCCAUCCACGGCAGGCCAAACACCAGAGAAGACCGCGACGCCGUUCGGCCCUUCUACGACAGAUAUCGCACGUUAAAACGAAUGGUCGCCAAACUAACAACGGCGAACGCCGGCAACGAAUUGGCGACGAUUCACGAGGACGAAGCGAUGAAUUUCGUGACGCCGACGCAAUCGUCGCAAUCGAACGACGCCGAAUUGACGGAGUCGGAGAGGACGGGGGUGUUGGCGUCGACGAGCACCGAGAGCGACACGGACAGCAGCUCGAUCGGGGACAAUCUGCACGCGCUGGACAAGGACGAGCUGGUCGAGCAGCUGCGGGCGGCGAUCGAGGAGAAGAAGGAGCUGAAGAGGACCAUCAAGCAGUUCGAGAUCGACGUGCAACUGAAGACGGGGAAGAUGAUCCAGAGGGAGGACAAGGCGCCCAUGGAGGGCGUUUACGCGGCGUACAAGAAGGUCAAGGCGAAGGCCAGGUUGUUGGAGGCUCUGAUUGGUAAAUUGAGUUGAAUUUUAUGUGGAAGAGAAAAUGCGAUUUUCAUAUUUUUGAUCCUGCUUUGUUGUUUACUUUAAUUUUAUAUGUAUGUACUAAUUAUGUAUGUGGCGUAUACAAUUAAAUAUGUAAAAAAUA